CGAUGCAGCUGGUUGGGUUGGGUCAAAGCUGGGAGCGGAUCACUGCUGGGGUCUGCAGGUCACUGAGCCCCCGAGGGAGGGGGCUCCAGAGUAGCGUGCCUGCCUCAGUUUACCCUGCAGCGUUGCCAUAGAGCGCGUCCGACUUGCGAACUCCCGGCAGCGCCUCGGAAAAGCCGUUCCGCCCCGCGAGGGAAACAGAGCCGUUGACCAUGGUUGCAACUGGCAGUUUGAGCAGUAAGAACCCGGGCAGCAUCUCCCAGUUGCUGGACCAUGGCUUCAACCCGAGGAGCCUGCUAAAUGAUUUUGACUACUGGGAUUAUGUUGUUCCCGAACCCAAUCUCAACGAGGUGAUAUUUGAGGAGACAACUUGCCAGAGUUUGGUUAAAAUGCUGGAGAACUGUCUGUCCAAAUCGAAGCAAACCAAACUAGGUUGCUCAAAAGUCCUCGUCCCUGAGAAACUGACCCAGAGAAUUGCUCAAGAUGUCCUUCGGCUCUCCUCCACGGAGCCCUGCGGCCUAAGAGGUUGUGUUAUGCUCGUGAACAUGGAGGUUGAAAAUGUAUGUAUAAAGCUGGAUAGGAUUGUGUGUGACUCUAGUGUGGUGCCCACUUUUGAGCUUACCCUUGUAUUUAAGCAGGAGAAUUGCUCAUGGACCAGUUUCAGGGACUUUUUCUUUAGUCGAGGUCGCUUCUCAUCCAGCCUCAGACGAACUCUGAUCCUAAGCUCAGGAUUUCGACUUGUUAAGAAAAAGCUUUACUCCUUGAUUGGAACAACAGUCAUUGAAGAGUGCUAAAAGGGGAACAUUUAAAAAGGUCCUUUUUAAUGCUUGGGUAAUAAAACUCUGUAGCUGCUCAGUUACGGUCCCUGUAGUUUGCCCUGCCUGCUCUCAACAAGAAACUCCAAAUCGAGCUCUUCUUCCUUCUGUUUCAUAUUCACAGCAACCCCAACUAAAGAAUUUAUUUUGUGGCUUUUGAGAAAUGACCCAAGAGAAUGUACAUUGUCUGCAAAUAUCACAUUUUUUUUAAAUAAAAUAGAAUGGAAUGGAUAAGAAAAGGAAAAAAGCAAUCCACUUUAGCUUUAUGUUUGAUUCCACAGAGUUUUCCAGGUAGUCUUUCUAUCAGACUAUUAUACCAACUUUGCUGAGUUUGAUUUUCAUACAGCUUUUAUUCUGUAAAAUUUCAGAGUGAUCUUUUCAAUCACAGAAUCUUACUGAAUGAUACUUUGUCCAUAAAAACUUCCAGAAGCCCACACCACCAAUUUCCUGUCCCAACUCCAAUUUGAAGAGUUCUUUUACAGGAGGAUAAAAUUAAGUGGGCGAGUGUAAUUGAAACCAAACCCAGUGCAAGAGUAAGAAAUGUCAGUGAGAACAGAACUACUUCACUGUUUCUUUGCAUCUUCCCCACUCUUCUGUUUUAAAGAGGUGGCAAAAGUUUGAACUGCCACUUUAGUAAUCACAGUAUUGUUUUAAAUAACUUUAUGGUACAAUAUAAGCUCAAUUUUUUUAGAUCUCAAGUAUUUAAUGUUAUCUUUAAACCAGAAAAAUGGAAAAUGUUGAACUGUUUUUUUGCAUGUCGUUGAUUACUCUUCCAUUGAGUGAAUGGUGAAUGCUUAUGGGGAUGAGAAAUGAAUUAUCAGGUUCUGUUCAUUCAUUUGAUAAUCUAGCUUCUUUUCACUAUUAUGCCUAAUCUCAGAUGAACCCUCUCACCAGUCAGUGUUAUCUCUCAUCCCUGGCUUCUCCUGGAAACUCAAGUUUAUCUCUCCUUUUCCCAAGUCUUCAAAGGAAAUAGCUUGCACACUGCCACUUUUCGUUAUUAAUAUAGGCCUAUUACAAAGUCCGCUUUGGCUAUGACUAUGGUGUAUCCUACAAAGUAGAAGAUGAAAAUCAUGGUCUGGUUAACCAAUGCACACACCCAAUUUUCUUCGACCUUGGAUACCUGUCCCCAGGGGAACUAUAAAGGCCUUAUUUUUUUCUUAUUCCUACUACCUAGAUCAUUAUUCUUAUGUUAAUGAGAGAAUGUAACCUCCACAACUACAAUGUUCAUUUCCAUGGGCCUUUACAUCCUUGCUGCAGGUCAUGGAUAAGGAGCUUAUUCAGAUCUUUUGUCCAAGCUGUAAGCACCACUUCACAUACCUGGUAGGGACAGAUGGCUUCAUCCUAGUGAAUAGAUUCUGUUACUGAUCCCCCAUAAGUGACUUAAAACUUCACUAUUCAAUUCACAGUGCCAUCUCUAAGGCUGGGCCCAUAAGUCAACCUUGUUUUGCAUGUCUAUUAUUAGUUAUGGCUCUAAAGGUCACUGAGUCUGUAAGUGAGGCUUCUCUGGUUUGAAUGUAAAACUAUCGUCCUUCUUCCUCUAACAGUUGUCUUUGACUAUUGUCUUUUAUGCUUACAAAAUGGUGAUGGCUUAUGGAGACUCUUAAAUUAAUAUUCCUGUUAAAGGAAAUUAAAGUUUGUCUAUUUUUGACAAUAAAGCAUCAUAUAUUUUUAA